AUGGCAGGGGACAGUUGCGGGGAGAACGUGUCGCACCAUUUUGUCAUGAAGCUAAAAGAGGAUCCGGGUCGGGCGGUGAGGAUCCGAGGGGUGGCAAUGAUCCACCCGUACUUCUGUGGGAAGGAACCGAACGGGGACGAGUUUAGGAAGGCCAUGGUGGAUAAUUGGUGGUUGUUCGUUUGUCCGUCGGAGAAAGGGUGUGACGGCCCGUUGAUCAAUCCGUUUGUGGACGAGGAAAACGGGUCGGGUUUGGCGGAGCUAGGUUGCGAGCGAGUUAUCGUGGUGGUGGCGGGGAACGAUAUUUUGAAGGAUAGAGGGAGGCUUUACUACGAGAAAUUGGUGGGGUCAGGCCGUCGGGGUGGAAAGAAAAAGAAGAGUAUUUGGAGACGGAACGGAAAGAUCACAUGUUCCAUAUUAUCGAACCCGAUUGUGAGGAGGCGAAGAGUGUUUUUAAGCGUCUGGCUGCCUUCUUUAACGAUAAUUCGUGAUGGUUAA